AUGGUCAUUCAAGGCUUCAGACAAGAGAAUAAUGAAUCUCUUCACGAUGCUUGUGGUAGGUACAGAAUAAUGUUACGAAAAUGCCCCACUGAAAUAUUUUCAGAGUGGGUGCAAUUAGACAUCUUCUACUAUGAACUCACAGACGUGGCUAGGAUGUCCCUAGACCACUCUGUUGGUGGUUCUAUAUACAUGAGGAAAAUAAUCGAAGAGGCUUACAAACUCAUUGAGAUAGUUGCAACCAACCAGCAUCUAUACUCUGUUGGUGAGACUUCUAUGAAAGGAGAGGGGAAUGCCAUUUGGCUUAUGCAAUGCUCCUGCCAUCAUUCAGAUGUGCAUGCUCUCCAUUUUACUGAUAUAGUGGAGAAGUUUCUUGAAAUAUUCAUGGAUGACUUCUCUGUCAUUGGAGAUUCAUUUGAUUCCUGCCUUGACCAUCUAGUUCUAGUUCUGAAACAUUGCCAAGAAACAAACAUGGUCAAGCUUAUCACGGCACCCAUUAUUUCUGCACCCAACUGGGACUUGCCAUUCGAACUGAUAUGCAAUGCCAGUGACUAUGCAAUUGGCGCAGUCCUGGGGCAGAGACAUGAUAAGCUUCUACAUGUCAUUUAUUAUGCUAGUCGUGCUUUAAAUGAUGCACAAAAGAACUAUACUACCACAGAAAAGGAACUACUUACAGUGGUUGAUGCCAUUGACAAGUUCAGAUCCUAUUUAGUAGGAUCUAAGGUUAUUGUAUACAAUGAACAUGCUGCUCUCAAGUAUCUUCUCACCAAGCAAGAUUCUAAGCCAAGGCUGAUAAGAUGGGAUGAAUCAUACCUCUUCAAAAGAUGCUCAGACGAGAUAAUUCACCGAUGUGUGUCUAAAGAGGAAGCACAAAGGAUCCUAUGGCAUUGCCAUGGCUUAGAAUAUGGAGGACUCUUUGGAGGUGAGCGAACAGCCACCAAGGUCCUCCAGAGUGGCUUUUACUGGCCAACAAUCUUUAAGGACGCCCGAGAGUUUGUCUGUAACUGUGACAGUUGUCAAAGGGCUAGCAAUCUUCCUCACCAUCAUGACAUACCUCAGCAAGGGGUCCUGGAGGUUGAGCUGAUUGAUGUGUGGGGAAUAGAUUUUAUGGGACCUUUUCCAUCCUCAUUUUUUAACGCAUAUAUUCUUGUGGCAGUAGAUUACGUGUCUAAAUGGGUUGAGGCAGUCGCUUCACCCACCAAUGAUGCAAGAGUAGUGAUGAAGUUCCUCCAGAAGCAGAUCUUCAGUAGGUUCGGCGCCCCAAGGAUACUGAUCAGUGAUGGAGGCACUCACUUCUGCAAUAGACAACUUGACUCUCUUCUGCACCGUUACGGCGUCCACCAUAGAGUGGCAACACCAUAUCAUCCGCAAACAAAUGGACAAGCUGAGGUCUCAAACAGAGAGCUAAAGAGAAUCUUGGAAAGAACUGUAAGCACCUUUGUAGAGAGGAUUAUGUCAAUUCAGAAUUUCUCAAAAUAA